AUGCCGACUAUGCUUGGUCUCACCAACGAUCGCUCGCCUCAUGGGCUUAACGCGGAAGAAAGCAAAUUCGGUGGUCCCUCCAGCCAAAGAGGCAUGGAACUUGCCCCGCGCCAACAAAAUGGCAGCAUUGUGUCCGGCAUCGAAGGCUCCGACUUCUUCAAUGGCGGUGGCAAGCAAAAGGAGCACGACGCAGAUGAGGAGUCAGAUGAGGAGAACCUGAAGACCAUCAAGGGCCGUAACCUCUCCGCCGUCAAGGAGAUGGAGACUCUUCUCUGGCGUGCCCUCUGCGAUAAGCCCAAGACUGCCCUUAAGUACAUCGCCAAGGACGCCGUCAUGUCGAACCGCUUCCUCUUCGGCGACCCUGUCCCCCGAACCGCUGACUCUGAUCCUUCUCUAGAGGAAGAGAUCAAGCACUGUGAGGAGUGGCUCGCCUACAAGAUGCACGACCCUCAACCCGUCGAGAUUGGUCUCAUGGCUGCUGCCAUUGGCUACAAGCUCAUCCUCUUCCGCCAACUUGACCAGGGAGAUGGUAACUUUGGUAUGCAGACCAUCCAAGCCACAUGUUCGAGCUCCUGGAGGCAACUUGCUAGUGGCGAUUGGGAGCUUACUAGUAUGUUUGCUGGUUGA